ACUAUUAUUAUAAACCAUCCAUCUCAACGGCGUAGUCUGCGCGCACUGCCUCGAUGGCGAUCAUUUCCACCCUCGCGGCUAUAGGCAUGGCAGUAGGACCGCCCCUAAUAUAUGUUGACCAAGCUAUCAGUAUUAUAAAAAAGAAAGACUCUUCAGGGUUCUCUCAAGACGUCUGCGGUGUUAUAAUCAUCGCCAACAUAAUCCGUAUAUUCUUUUGGCUAGGAGAGCAUUUCGAAAUUCCAUUACUGGUUCAAUCUAUCUUAUUGAUAGUCUCGCAACUUCUCCUCCUUGCUAUAUGCCUCCAUUACUCCCGGGGUUCACCGGAAGAAACGUACUUUUCUCUACCUCGACAACCUACAGAACCGCCCUCUGCGGAUCCUGCGCACACUGCAGAUUACGAGUAUUCCGGACCAUCUUCAUCCCAGCCACCCGAUGUUCCUGUUCGGAGAGGUUUUUUCAAAUCGGUUAUACAAGGACUCAAAGAAGGAAGGAGACCGUUUGACUUUUGGCAGUGGGCGGGUUACGGGUCGUACCUCGAGUUCCUGGCUGGACUUAUUGUUGUUCUCGGGAUAGCACAGGUUGGCCUUGGAAGAUGGCCGUGGUAUAUUGAUGCUUUGGGUUUCAUCGCUCUUACAAUAGAAUCAACCCUGCCCAUCCCUCAGUUCAUAGCCAAUUACCGUCACAAAUCCUGUUAUGGCUUUCGAGCAUCUACUCUUGCAGGCUGGUUUUUCGGAGACGCUUUCAAGACGGUUUACUUUUUCAUGAGAGGUUCACCCAUCCAGUUCAAGGUUACCGCCAUCAUGCUGGUCUGCUGGGAUUCUGCUGUCUUUGCCCAGCGUAUCAUCUAUGGCGCCAACCCUCCUGUGAACCAAACAGGCGUGGAGUUUGAUGCGCAUGACGAAAAUAACGAUGAAUCUAGAGCACUGCAUGAUGCUCAUAACGAUCGUGAAGAGAGAUGAUCUGUAGCCAGUUCUACUUGGUGCGGUAUGCAAUGCAUCUUA